AUGCACUCAGAAUAAAUCUUAAAAAAUAUUAAUUUAUGUUCUGGUUUAGCAAAGUGCAUUAAUCUCUCAAAUUUGACACUUAACCUUGAUGACAAUUAAAUUGGUGAGAAAGGUGCAUCAGGCUUAGGUUCUGGUUUAGCAAAGUGCAUUAAUCUCUCAAAUUUGAAUCUUUAACUUAAUCACAAUUAAAUUGGUGACAAAGGUGCAUCAGGCUUAGGUUCUGGUUUAGCAAAGUGCAUUAAUCUCUCAAAUUUGACACUUAACCUUAAUUCCAAUAAAAUUGGUGACGAAGGUGCAUCAGGCUUAGGUUCUGGUUUAGCAAAUUGCAUUAAUCUCUCAAAUUUGACACUUAACCUUGAUCACAAUAAAAUUGGUGACGAAGGUGCAUCAGGCUUAGGUUCUGGUUUAGCAAAUUGCAUUAAUCUCUCAAAUUUGACACUUUAUCUUCAUUUCAAUUUAAUUGGUGACAAAGGUGCAUCAGGCUUAGGAUCUGGUUUAGCAAAGUGUAUUAAUCUCUCAAAUUUGACACUUAACCUUCAUUCCAAUUAAAUUGGUGACAAAGGUGCAUCAGGCUUAGGUUCUGGUUUAGCAAAGUGCAUUAAUCUCUCAAAUUUGAAUCUUUAACUUAAUCACAAUUAAAUUGGUGGCAAAGGUGCAUCAGACUUAGGAUCUGGUUUAGCAAAGUGCAUUAAUCUCUCAAAUUUGACACUUGAACUUAAUCACAAUAAAAUUGGUGACGAAGGUGCAUCAGGCUUAGGUUCUGAUUUAGCAAAGUGCAUUAAUCUCUCAAAUUUGACACUUUAUCUUCAUCACAAUAAAAUUGGUGACGAAGGUGCAUCAGGCUUAGGUUCUGGUUUAGCAAAGUGCAUUAAUCUCUCAAAUUUGACACUUUAUCUUUAUUCCAAUUAAAUUGGUGGCAAAGGUGCAUCAGACUUAGGAUCUGGUUUAGCAAAGUGCAUUAAUCUCUCAAAUUUGACACUUUAUCUUCAGUAAAAACAGUUUAUUUGUUUUGGAUUGUGA